CAUGGAGGACGAUCGAACAAGAACAUUAUACCAACGAAGAAGAGUCGACCAACGACUCUGUACACGCAAACACGUCAACGUCAUCAAUUGCGGAAGUCAACAUGGAGUGGACGGUUCCAGGCAGCGGAGUACAAAUGAAUUCAUCUUUAAAAGACGAGUUGUACAUAGAUUUCCUGACAGAGGGGUUUGAUGUGAAGACAUACACUGCUCAAGCUAUCCACCAUGCUGUCAUUGCUGAGCAGCUGGCUAAGCUGGCGCAAGGAAUCAGUCAACUUGAUAAAGAGCUUCAUAGCCAGGUGGUAGCCAGACAUGAGGAUUUGCUGGCACAGGCAACUGGGAUAGAAUCUCUAGAAGGGGUUCUUCAGAUGAUGCAGACAAGGAUCAGUGCACUACAGGCAACUGUUGAAAGGAUAAGGAAUAAAAUUGUGGACCCAUACAACAAGAUUGUGGCCAGGAUCACUCAGCUGGGCAGACUACAGGUGGCCUGUGACCUUUUGCGCAGGAUUAUUCGUAUCUUGCAUUUAAGCAAGAGGCUUCAGGUUCAGCUUCAGGGUGGCAGUCGGGAGAUAACGAAAGCAGCGCAUAGUCUCAACGAACUUGAUUAUCUGUCUCAAGGAGUCAAUUUGAAUGGCAUUGAAGUGAUUGAGAAUGACCUGCUACUGAUCAGUCGAGCAAGACUGGAGGUGGAAAACCAGGCAAAACGAUUAUUAGAGCAGGGUACAGAAAUUCAGAAUCCGACGCAGGUUGGUACAGCCUUGCAAGUCUUCUACAACCUUGGUAAUCUGAGAGAGACUAUCAGCUCUGUUUUGGCGGCCUACCAGACCACCAUACAAGACAGUAUCAUCAGAGCUCUGGACAUUAAGAGCUUGACACAGCCAGCCAACCCCAGAGGUGCUCCAGGAAGAGCAGUGCUCCCAACACCUGGCAGCACAGCAGCUUUCCGUGCUGCUCUUUGGACAAACCUGGAAAAACUAUUGGACCAGAUAUGUGCUGCGUGCAAACAAGUGCAGCAUCUUCAGAAGGUUCUGAUGAAGAAGCGAGACCCUGUUACUCACAAGUGUUUCAUUGAUGAGAUUAUUAAGGAUGGCGAGCCUGAUAUCCUGUACACCUUUUGGACUGAUAUCACCAACAAUCUGAAAGAAGAGUUUCACAAAGCAACUGAAGCCUCAUCUUACCUGAAGCAAGCGUUUGAAGGAGAAUAUCCAAAACUGCUGCGGCUGUACAAUGAACUUUGGCGUCGCCUCCAGCAGUAUAGCGCCAGCCUGCAUGGAGCACUUAUAAACAGCGGCGGAAUAGACACCACUCUGGAGCUAGAAACAGACAGCCUAGACCUCUUCUCUCAAACUAAACAGGACUACAAUCCAGAGAGGGCGCUGAAGGAUUCCCUGCGCACGUAUGAAGCAGCUUACCUUUCCAAGUCCCUCUCUCGCUUGUUUGAUCCCAUCAACCUGGUGUUCCCAAUGGGCGGACGUAACCCACCCUCACAUGAUGAGUUGGAAAGCAUCAUCAAGACCAUCAGCAGGCAAGUAUACAUGCCAGUGAAAUGGAGAAAAAUCUAUUCAUUUGUCUCAUUUGUCUGCAGUGAGCUGAAUGUAUCAUCCAUCGAUUCCGACCUUUAUCUUGCUGUUGCCAAGAAUGCUGCCAAGACCGUGCAGCUCUUCUGUGUCAAGUCCGAACAGCUGUUGGGUACUCAAGGUGAUGCAAGUCAGGUGAUCGGUCCACUAACUGAAGGCCAGAGAAGGAACAUUGGAGUAGUCAACUCGCUCUACCGUCUGCAGCUUGCUGUUGCCAAGAUCAUUUCUAGUUUGGGGACAAACCUGACCGCUCCUGCAGAGGCACUCUCUGCUUCUUUGGAGGAGUGCCAGGCGCUGAUGAGCAGCGCGGUGCAGCCUCUCCUGCAGUCCGUGAGUGACUCAAUAGAGGCAAUUUUAAUCACGCUGCACCAGGAAGACUUCUCAGGGGGGCUGUCCAACACCAGUAAGCCUGAUGUUGUCUGCUCGCUCUACAUGAAGGAGCUGCAGGGUUUUAUAUCCAGAGUGAUGGCCGACUACUUCAGACACUUUGAGUGCAAUGAUUUCAUCUAUGAAAGCACAGAAUCCAUUGCUCAGAGAGCGAUCGAGUUAUUCAUACGACAUGCCAGCCUGUUGCGCCCGUUGGGGGAGGGCGGGAAGAUGCAAUUAGCGGCUGACUGUGCACAGAUGGAGUUGGCUGUGGCUCCGUUAUGCAGAAGAGUAUCAGAUUUGGGAAAAGCUUACAGAAUUCUUCGCUCUUUUAGGCCACUGCUGUUUCAGACCAGCAAUCUAAUCAUCAGCAGUUCAGCUGUGGGGGAACUCAUUCCUUACAGCACCGUCCUUCACUUCCUGUUUACCAGGGCCCCGUCUGAGCUCAAGUCACCUUACCAGGCAUCAGAGUGGUCCAUCACUAGAUACUCCCAGUGGAUGGACGCUCAUCCCUCAGAGAAAGAUCGCGUCACACUUAUUAGAGGCACUCUGGAGGCGUACGUGCAGUCGGUCAGAGCUCGGCAGGGUAAAGAGUUUGCACCCAUCUAUCCCAUAAUGCUCCAGCUGCUGCAGAGAGCCACUAACGAUGCUUUGGAAGCCAAAGCCCCAGAAUGUUAACACGUGCAUAAUAUCACCUUUUCAAAAUGAGAGAUAUCAUUUUUGUGAAGGACAACUUUAACAAAUUGUGAAUAAUAUUCACACUAUUCAAUGAGCGGUCCUUUAUGAAUGAAACAUGUUUGUGUAUAUUUGCAGUACAACCAAGGAAAUUACUGCAAAAACCAUGUGUUGCAAUAAAUGGAUACGUACUCUGUAUUAAAUUACUUAACACUAAA